CAAUGUUAUUAAAAACCUGCACUUUGCAGGGCAAUUUCGAGCUUUCUCAGUGCCAAAUUUUAGCAAGAACCAUAAAGAAACACAAGAGUGUUAAUCAAACUCGUCCUGCAACUUUGAAGAGAAAUAAAGGAAUUUAACUCACGGUGUUGUAUAGAGAUGAGCCAAUGUGGAAGAGAAAACUCGAUUUAGGGUUUAUCUGAUGAUAGAAGAGCAAGCUCUAGGCUCUGAUAACAGUAUCAGGAAAUGAUGGAAGGGACAAUGAGACAGAGAGAGAAUUGAAGAUUGUUGAAAGGAAGAAUGAAUUAUUGUUUGCUCUCUGUAUUUUUAGAAGAAAAACUGCCAUCUGCAUCGAGGGGAAGAUUGCAAUGUGAAAAUAGAAGAGAGGGCUUCUUGUGAGAUGAAGGGAAGAGGUUCAGAGAAGAUCAGAAACUUGGGCGAAGAGGUGAGGCCUGCUAGGGUUCAUCGAAAGAGGAGGAAGAGGGAUGAAAAGGAGAUUGAAGAGAGACAAAGGAGUGAGAAGGGUAAUGAUGAGAGAGAAAGGAAUGGUGGGGUUUUAUUGCCGUCAAUGAGGAACAGUUACAUAUUGAAAGAGAACGGGGUGGUAGUUUCUCGUUACUUUGAACUAAAAACCAAGGGUUCAGAAAAUAAGUUAUCAGUUUUCACAGCGGCCGAGAAGGCUGGCUGCCCUGUUUGCCCUCUGUAUUCCGAGAAGCAGAACCCACAUCUGCGUCUAGGGGAAUAUUGUAAUAUGAAUAUGGGAAAGAGGGUUUCUUCUGAGGUGAUGAUCAGAAGCUUGGGCAAAGAGGGGAAGGCCGCUAUGAGGAAGAGAGAUGAAAGGAAGAUUAAAGAGAGGGAAAGGAGUGAGAAGGGGAAUGAUGAGACAGAAAGGAAUGAAGGGGGAUUAUUACCAGCAAAACGGAAAAGUUACGUAUUGAAGGAGAAUGGGGUGGUAGUUUCUCCUUACUUUGAACCAAAUAUCAAGCACUCAGAACCAAAACAAAAGAAGUCAGCAGUUCUCCAACAUUUGCGUCAAAAGGAAGAUUGCGGUGUGGAUAUGGAAAAGAUGGCUUCUUCUAAGACGAAGAAAAAAAGUUCAUGGAAGAUUGGAAACUUACGGGAAGAGGCGAAGGCUGCUAGGGUUCCUCCAAAUAUGAGGAAGAGAGAUGGAAGGGAUAUUAAAGAGAAAAAAAGGAGUGAAACAGAGAAUGAUGAUGGAGUAAUGAAUGAUAUGGUGUUACUGCCAUUAAUGUCGAAAAGUUACAUAGUGAAGACGAACGGUGUUGUAGUUUCUAGUUACUUUGAACCAAAAAAGGUAGAUUGCAGUGUGGAUAUGGAACAGAGGGUUUCUUCUCAAACAAAGAAAAAAAGUUCACGGAAGAUCGGAAACUUAGGGAAAGAGGUGAAGGCUGCUAGGGUUCCUCCAAAGAUGAGGAAGAGAGAUGGAAGGGAUAUUAAAGCGAAAAAAAGUAGUGAAAAAGGGAAUGAUGAUGGAGUAAUGAAUGAUAAGGUGUUACUGCCAUUAAUGUCGAAAAGUUACAUAGUGAAGACGAACGGUGUUGUAGUUUCUAGGUACUUUGAACCAAAGGUCAAGAAUUCAAAGCCAAAACAAAAGAAGUUAGCUAUCAAGAAGUCGGAGCAAAAACAAAAGAAGUCAGUAGUUCUCUCAAGGGCCGAGAUGCUUAAAGAGGCAUAUAAACGCAAGUCCGCUGAUAACAAUUGGGUUCCCCCGCCAUCACCAUUCGGCCUCAUGCAGGAGAAAUAUUACAAUGAUCCGUGGAAAGUCUUGGUUAUUUGUAUGUUUCUGAAUAAAACGAGCGGAAAUCAGGCAAGAGAGGUUCUUUCUGAUUUUCUCAAGCUAUGUCCUGAUGCAAAGGCAACCACCGAGAUUGCUACUGAGGAAAUAACCAGGGUGACACAUUCCCUAGGUCUUCAAAGGAAACGAGCUGAGAUACUUCAACGCUUCUCUCGAGAAUAUUUGGAUGAUCACUGGACACAUGUCACCCAGCUUUAUGGCAUUGGCAAAACUGUUGGAUCUCACACAUCCCGCUUCUUUUGAUCCUCUCAUCCUGAUAAUGUGAAGACCUGAUGGUGGUGGAACUAGCAAUACAAUUGGUGGGAGUUCCCUUAGAAGUUGUUCAUUCGCUCUCCAAUCUCUUCAAUGUAUAGGUUGCUCUCUUUUAUGAUGUGUGUGUGUGUGUGUGUGAGUGUUUGCACAGAUCUCUCUCUUGUGUGCGUAUGACAAUGAUAGAAAAUUCUUUGAGGAAUCUAACUGGUAAGAUAAAACAAUGAAAAAAGAAAGAAAAGGAGGCUCGCCUGUUUACCUAUCAAUUUAAACAAGAGAACAGAGUGCAAGAAAAAAGUGUGUAGCAAUUAGAGUGAAGUUUUCCUUCUUGUUUUGGUUCUUGUUUCGUUGGCUAGGUAUGCAGCUGAUGCAUAUGCGAUAUUUUGCACGGGGAUGUGGAAGGAUGUUCGCCCUGAUGACCACAAGUUAAAUGACUACUGGGGU